AGUCUAAUUAUGUAACUCACGAUCCGCUGAUAUACCAGUAUGAUUAUGUAACUCACGAUCCGCUGAUAUACCUGUAUAGUUAUGUAACUAUGACUUUAGUUCUAAACACAUUCAAGGGGGGGGGGGGCUGUAUUUUGUUUCAUUUUUGUCGCUGUUGUUUUUUUUGGGGUUUUUUUGCAAGAACUCUCUGCUUGAUCUAUCUCUUGUUCAUGUAUUUGUACUGUUACCUCGUGUAUCGCAUAUAUGUGUGAUUUGAGUGUACUACAUGUAAAUUAACUUGAACCUGUACUUCCUCUUUUAGGCUUAGGUACACCACCAUUAAGACCCAAUUUUAAGUUAACACCCCCAAAUUUUACCUGUAGCGUGAUCAAUGGUAGGCCGCCUGCCAAUCAAUCUUUUAACAAUAGAUCUCAUGUGGAGUGACGUCUGCAGAGACUGGACUGGAGGAACCCCAGAGAGGUGUUUUGAUAACAAUAAAAGCACAUGCCUACCGGCAUUCUUUCGGUCUUGAGGAAGCCCAGUAUACCCGAGUUUUGAUAGCAUUGACCUGUCCACAACUGCCAUUUUCUCGUAAUUCAAUAUCUUAAAAAAGACCCCUGAACAAUUCAAUUUUAAUAUAAUUUUAACCCCCCUCCCUCUGUAUGCAUUAUUAUAAAUUACACAAUCAGAAAUCAAACAAUAAUUUGCACAUUAAUUUCUAAAACUUGUAACUUACUGAAAUAAUGUAUAUUUAUAUAUAUUAUAAUAGAAAUUAUCCAUUGAGACAAUAACUAAGAGAUAGAGGGGGGGGGGGUGCAUCUAGAGUGUCAGCUACCUUUAGGAAUACAACCAUUAUACAAUUACUAUAUAUGUGACCUCAGAAAGUCUGCAAUCGGCCGAGACACAUCCUGUAUUAUCAAAAGUAUACACAACACCCUGAUUUCUUGGCCAGGUUAAUAACAUAGACUAUCAUCUACCCCCUGAACUUCAUUUGUUAUAAACAUGCAUGGUUUAUUUCUAUAUUUAUCUAGGUUGUGGAUAAAUAUCAUUCAUGCGUUUAAUUUACGAAAUAUUAAUCCUCUUUGAAGAUCUACAUGUAUACAAAAGACUGGUUGCCAGAUAUACUUUGGGAAUUAAAGGAUGACGAUUAGUCUUGUUUGAAGUUUUAUGCAUGUAGCCACCUGUCUGAUAUUUCGUUUUAUGUUGUCCAUUGUGUUUGUAUGUCACUGGUUAAAAAUAGAGAGAAAGGGUUGCAUGAGAGAGAGAGAGCGAGAACCUAUACAUGUAUACUAAAAACCUUUUUUACCUGUCCGGCCCAUACCUACGCACACCGUCAGGGUAGAAGUACGUAACAUUGCAUAGGGAGUGUAGACUGGUAAGGUUUUAUCUAAAAUAGUUCAGAGUUUAAAUACAAGCUGUAACUGACAGUAAAUAAAAUUAAAAAAUAAAAGAAUAGUCAACAUAUAUGUGAUUGAAUAACAUAACUUAAAGGACACAUCUCAUGUUUUCAAAGUAUACAACAUUACAUGCAUUUCGUCUUCUUUAUGCUUAUAGUAAUUAAUUCUAAUAGUUCGUUCGCCGAAAUUUUGCGAUAAUUAACCACAAUACAGACUUAAGCCCUUCGGAUUGUGAAAGUACUACGAGAUAUUAUUAAAAACUCAACUUUUAGGGGCCUAAUUUAUUUACCAUGGGCAACAUUUAAAUCGUUGUUGCUUCGCACUUUUAUUCAGUUUGUGAGUAAAAUGUCCGGAGUUUACGCAUCGAUAAAUUCUUCAAAAAGAAUAUUUAAUCCUAUAGUAAAAACCCAAAUAUAGCGAGUAAAGCGUGUAUGAAAUCGGCAAUAUUGUGAGUAAAUAAUGUUUAUAUGGGUCGCUGUCUACAAACUGUUUGAUGAUGUUAUUCCAUAAUACAUCUGAAAAUGGCGACCAUAUAUAGUCCGGCUGAUUGGUGCAAAUUUUUAUCAAAAUUGCUCACUUGAUAUAAGGAAAGCAUGAAACUUUCUACACAAUUUCUUUGAUGUUAGCUAUGAUGAACUCACUCUGAAAAAUUCAAUAUGGUCGCCAUUUUCAAGAUGGCGGGAAAGUGAUAAAAUCGUUCAAAUUGUUUUCGCCCAAUCUUUUGUUUUGACAUAAAUCGAGGUUUUUACUCCAUGCCCAAUGACUCACAGCUUCUAAAAAAAUUAAACCUUUCUUUUAAUUGCAAAUUUAAAGUUCAGUAAGUGAAUAAUGUCUUCAGCAUAAAUUUUGCCAAAUAAUAAAUCCGUAUAGUAGUACGGCAGAAUGAAAACAGGGUUGUUUGAUUGAUUGAUUGAUUAAAUAUUGUUUAAGGGACUCUCUAGAAUAUUUCAUUCAUAUGGAGAUGUCACCACUGCCGGUGAAGGACUGCAAAAUUUAGGCCUAUACUCGGCGCUUAUGGUCAUUGAACAUGGAGGGAUCUUUAUCGUGCCACACCUGCUGUGACACGGGACCUCGGUUUUUGCGGUCUCAUCCGAAGGACCGCCCCCAAUUAAUCGCCUCUUACGACAAGCAAGGGGGUACUGAGGAUUUAUUCUAACCCGGAUCCCCACGGGAUUAGGUUUGAUUGAAAAAGAAUGACGAAAAGUAUGUUUUAUAGACAUUUAAUGAAGUUUAAAGGUUGAGAUCAAGGUCUAGUCUCCGUCACUUUCCCCGCCAUAACUACAAAGGACAGUGCAGGUUAGAUUAGCCUUGACACUUUAGAUAUUCCUUUGCAUCCACUUUGCAAGAUGCUGAUGCUUCCUGUAGUGAUGUACAAAAUGGAAUCCACAUAUCUGUUUGAUUCCUUUUUCACCCCCAAGUUCCUGGAUCCACUUUUGGAUAGGUAGGUUCUAGACAUCUGUCCCAGACUUGGCUAACUAUGUGACAUGCUCGUUUUGUGUGUUGAAGCAACGCUGCUUCUGUUGGAGGAAUACCAUCUAUUUCUCUGCCCUUUCUAGUAAAUUGCAUCAUUGACUGUCAUACACUCACUAGCUUUAUCGUAUGCGUAUAACAAAGCGCUGCACUUCUAUAUGAUCUAGAACAGCUAUUGGUGACAGACUCUUGUCACAUAAGUUGUCAAAAGUUUCUGUUAAUUGUCUAUAGUUUAUCUAUGUGUCCCAUGCACUUCUUUGCAGAUGACGAUACCUGGUUACAGCCUGUGAAUGCAUGGAAAAAAUAAAAGACCAUGCACCUGGUCAGGUCCAAGAGCAUUGACAAUGUUGUGGAUAGACAGGUAUCUAAACCUCACAAUUCCCUUAUAUCUGUUCAGUCUUCUUAAAACAAGAUAUUGCUAUCGGUAUCAGCUGUACGAAUCACGACAAACCCCUGUCCUUCAGCCACUGCGUCAUUAACACAAAGCAUCAUUCGUGUGUCUGCCUCUUCCUGUGUGCAUGGUUCCAGUUAACCAGUGUCUCUUUGUUUUAUAAAAGCACAUGAGCGAACUGCCUUUAGAGGUGAUGGUCUGUUUUUCGGCACCAAAUAAAUUCAUCUCAAAUUAGCUGCCGAGAUAAAUUAAUAGACAAACAAUUCAUUCUUGUUCUCGUCUACUCGCAAAAAAGCUUCCCAAUUUUCUGGAACUUUAGAAUUUGGCAAAACCCUCCGUCUCACACCCAUUUUCUCUUCUACAUCUUUCCGAUAUUUUCAAGCUGUCUGAAAAAUACUCAUCCCAAACCACAUUAACUUAUCUGACAGAGUGAAGCUGAUCCCGUAUACAUUUGUAUGUGGUGCGCAACAAUAUCUUAAAAGUUAUCUUCAGAUGACUUAUACCCCCAGUAAUAGGCAUUUUAAUAAGUACAGUACCAUCUAUAACCAAAGCAUCAACUUUCGGAGUCUCACUGCAUGAUUCAGAAAUGUUCUCUAGUUUUGUAAGAUCCUGAAUUUGAUCCAUUGCAUAAUUCAUCAAAUUGUGAUAGGGAUGGCGGAUAGACUUGGUUCUCAUAUUUGAAAAAUCACAGGAGAUCACCAUGAAACAUAUAAUUGUGAAAAGAGGCCACAGUUCUGUUUAAUGAUACAGUCUGUUGUUUCUGAUAUGAUUCUGUUUAGAGGCCACAGUUCUGUUUAAUGAUACAGUCUGUUGUUUCUGAUAUGAUUCUGUUUUAGUUUGUUGACGACUAUAUAAAAUGGUUCGUAAAAAGACUUUGAAGUACUCUCUAAUCGUUCUGUUACAAACUGGGGAAAUUGCUGUUUUCCAAUAUCUCUACCUUACUAACUGUUUCUGCAACUUUUUGUCAACAAUAUCCCAUGUGUCCAAGAUUAAAGAAUCUUUGCUCUAUUCCAAGAAAGGAUUACGAUAUUUUCUACAACUGAACAGAAAGUUUUUAAAGCUUUGAAAAUUUGUUUUGUCUACCCUUGACCUGAUCGUGUUGCCUGAAGUCUGGCCUGGAGGUUAUAAAACUUUUUUGAACAUGUUUUCUUACUCAGACUCAACCUCUAUAUUCUAAAUUGCACUUAUACUCAAAAGUGAAGGUUAUAAACUGUUAUAAAAUCAUUUUCACACUAAAAUGGAGUACAUGUACAAACUCAAUUUUUUUUUAGUAUGUUUCGAAGCUUGCUCAGAGUUAUACUCAAAACAAAAAUGGCUGAGUUUGAGUAUGAGUACAGUAAAAGUUUUAUAACCUCCAAGCCUGGUCCUUUGUUUUCAUUUUUGUUAAUCGUUCCUGAGUAGAUUAGAAUUUAUUUAUUAUCCUAGCUAUUUCUGGACCUGACACCAUCCAUCGUUGUUGCUACAUGUAAGCUCCGUGAGGCCGAUUGUUCCACCAUCUCCUUUCAUUAACUUAUUAUUCUGCUCAUGGGCUUAAUCUAUUACUAUCGCUGAUUUCUUCAAAACGAAUUUUGCAUUCUGAAACUCCUGGUCAACUACUGGAACAUUAUCUUGUAGCCUAGUUAUAUGACAUAAAGGAGUAGGUACCCAUCUAGCAUAAUUUGGAUGAUCGAGUGCAAAGAAUGAAAAGUAAAACCGAGUCUUUAAACAGGCGGGAAUUGCCAUCUUCCAAUGAUUUGAUGAACACUAAUAUCGCAAUUUUGAUGUACACCAUGGGCACCAUUUUCAUUACAUUUUUACUAAUUUUGAUUAUAAAAGCUUUCUACGUAACCACCAUAGAUCAAUUGUGUAAAAUUUUGAACUUCUGGCAUUAAAAAUCGGGAUGAUAUUAAUAAAACAAGCAAAAACAUAUGUCAUAUUGAUGGCCAUUUUGAAAAUGGCAGCCAUAUUGAAUUUUGAAAGUGGGUCCAUAGCUAAUAUUGCCUAGAAGACCUAAAUCUACCACUAUGCCAAAUUUGGUGCUUUCCUUAUCAAGUGAGCAAUUUUUUUUCACCAAUCAGCCGAACUAUUAAAAUAGCGAGCGAAGCUCGAGUCGCAACUCUCUUCAAUCAUUAUACACGUGAUCACGAGAUUUCCGCAUCAUUUGAAAAAUAACUGGAAAUACUCAAAGCGCACGGUACAUGGAUACCAAUAUAUUUAAAACAUUACAAAUAUGCACUAUCAAUGAUGUCAAUAUGUAAAACGAAUAUGAUCUUAAUUUGAGUUACUUGUGACUAUAUCGGUACGUACAUCUAGAUAGGAUUGAUUCAGGAAGUCAUUGCAUGUAAGCUGUAAACAACUUUCUAAUUUUAAAAGGAAAUUGAAAAUACAUGUAUAUCACUAGUAUUGACGAUGACAUCGGACAUAGGAUAUCACUAUGCCGUUUGCAAUGAGACUGUCCAUGCCAGUCAGGUUCCAACUCACGUGGAAAAUAGCCUAGUUAUAGCGGGGAAUGUUAUAGCCCUGCUUCUUAUGCUGAUAAACAGAAAGUAUCACAAGUGGCAUUCCUUCUACAUAUUAUACGCCGGUCUGGUCUGUACAGAUCUCCUACAGUCGUGCGUCUUGUAUCCGGUGUCCAUUUUGCGAUAUUCUAGUAACUUCACUUGGUGUUACACGGAGCCCCUCUGUGAUGCCGUGUCGUUUACAUUUUCCUUCACACAAUUAUCGUCAGGUGUGAUCAAUGCAAGCCUGGCCAUUGACAGGUAUCUGUGCCUAAGACAGAGGAACUUUCUGUGGAGAACAACUUGGGUUCGUUUACGAUAUUUCGGUGUCCUGUGCGCCAUCUGGUGUUUUGUGGCUAUCAUAUGCAGCAUCCAUCUCAUUGGUGUCGGAAACAGCCAGCUUUACUUUCCUGGGUCGUGGUGCUUCAUUGAUUUCACGCAGACCUCCAUUGGAAACCGCGUGAAUUCUCUUAUCUAUUCCCUUUGUGGACUGUGUGUUGUAUUUUCUACUUUCAUCUCCAACGUCGCUUCCAUAGCAUUUUCUUGUAAAAACAACGAAUACCGAGCCAAGCUGCUGGACGAGCACCGAGUAUCCGGAAUCUACGACAGUCACGUGACAAUCUUCCUGGUCGUAGCGCUCUUUGUUUAUGUGGCAUUUUUUAGUCCAUUCAUUAUAAACGUGUUCCUUCAUGCUGUAGGCUUGGUGGCGGGGAAUGGGCCAGUAGAACUAUGGCUGAUAAGACUCAGUUAUAUGAAUUCUAUUAUCAACCCCUGGCUCUAUAUCGUACUCCGGAAAGAGAGCCUGCAGAAGUUUCUCUUGGUAUAUAGACUGUGCUGUAGAUCUUCCCAGGAGGCCAUGUAGGCAUUAAAAAUACAUUGAACUUUUUGGACUGGUUCUGAUUCGAAAAACUGCGAAAAAUAGAGACACACAGAUAAUAUAAUAGUAUAAAUAGAAGCUGUACAUGUUAAUAUAGAGAUAUAGAUACUAUAAUAGUAUGCAUAGAACUUGUACAUGUAAAUAGAGAGAUAUAAAUAAUAUAAUAGUAUAAAUAGAAUUUGUACAUGUAAAUAUAGAUGAUAUAAUAGUAUGAAUAGAACUUGUACAUGUGUU